UAAACUAUGAAACGUCUAAGUUCGUUGAUAGUCGCAUCGUUACUUGUGGUAACAAACUUAAGUGGCACUAAGGCCGAUCCGACGACUACAGAAUCUACAUGUGUUCCUUCGGUAACGACGGCCAGCGGAAGUCUGAUCGAUCGUGGUCGCACUUUCUGUAGUGGAGAACUAAUCUUUGAGGAUAAUUUCGACUUUUUCGAUUUCGAAAAAUGGGAGCACGAAAACACGCUUGCUGGCGGUGGUAAUUGGGAAUUCCAAUGGUACACCAACAAUCGGUCUAACUCAUUCGUCGAAGAUGGCUCCCUCAACAUUCGACCUACGCUGACGGCGGACCAGUUCGGGCUCGGUUUCAUGACAUCCGGCACACUGAGCCUGCAGGGCAACUAUCCCACCGACCACUGCACCAACGAUGCGUUCUAUGGCUGUGUCCGGGUUGGCAAUCAGCAGCACAUCGUAAAUCCGGUCAAGAGCGCACGCAUUCGUACGAUCAGUUCGUUCAACUUCAAGUACGGCCGGGCGGAGGUGCGCGCCAAACUGCCUACCGGCGACUGGCUCUGGCCCGCCAUCUGGUUGCUGCCUAAGCGUAACGUUUACGGAAGCUGGCCAGCGUCCGGUGAGAUGGAUCUGAUGGAGUCACGCGGCAAUGAGGCUCUGAUGCUGGACGGAGUGCAGAUCGGUACGCGUCAGGUCGGACAAACGUUGCACUUUGGACCGGGACCUUCCUACAACGGCUACCCGACCAGCACGCUGACCAAGAAUGCCGUGCCCGGGCAAGAGUUCAACCGGGACUACAACACGUUCGGGUUCGUGUGGACACCGGAUAACAUUACGGUCAGCAUUAACGGUGAAAACUUGACCACGAUCGACGGUGACUUCUGGAAGCGUGGUGACUUUGCUCGGCACAAUCUCGAAAAUCCGUGGCGCCACGGAACGCCCAUGGCACCGUUCGAUCAGGAGUUCCACUUCAUCAUCAACCUAGCGGUCGGUGGGGUGGCUUUCUUCCCCGACGCGGCCACCAACCCGGGUGGUAAGCCGUGGAAAAACAAUUCACCACAGGCGGCCACAGACUUCUGGAACGGGCGCACACAGUGGCUACCGACCUGGAACCUGGACAAAGAUGGCGGCAAAUCGGCAUCGCUCCUGGUGGACUACGUUAAAGUAUGGGCCCUGUAGGGGUGAUGUACUGUGGUUUUGUGAUGUGAAAAAAGUUUUGAUGUGCAAAACUGUGAAU